UACACACAUCAUGGAGCAUACUCCUGCUCCUUACGGACCCAGAGCCGUGUAUGGAUAUGCCAUGUACAUAGGCUCAAAUAUACUUUUUCUAUUGUAUGUAAUAUGGGCAAUAGUGCCAGAUGAAGUGCUGCACGAUUAUCUAGGUUUGACAUACUGGCCUUCAAAGUAUUGGGCAGUAGCAAUUCCCAUUUGGGCGUUGACUGCUUUAGCUACAUUUGCAUUCCUGAUUUAUCCAGCUAUCAACAUGCUGUUAACUCCAGAUAUUGAUGAUAUUCGUACUAUCACCGAUAAAUACGCACUACAAAAAACUGAAACUAUUCCAGGUGGAAUACCAGCUGUGUCUGAUAUACCCAUUAUGGAAGUUUGCAGAAAAUUAUAUUUGAAGAAAGAAAACUCAUGAGUGUUGGUAAUUACAAUUUAUUUUUGUUGUAUAAUUUGG